CGUUGGUGUGCCAUGGCGGAGCCGGUGAGGAAACGGGGCCGGGGGUCCCGGGGCGGCGGUAUCGGCCGAGGGGCUCGGGGGUCCCGCGGGGGCCGGGGCCGGCGUCCUCGCGCCCAGCGUUCUCCAGCCCGGCGCACCCUGGACUCGGUGCUUGUGGACUUGGUCAGCGACAGCGAUGAGGAUAUCUUGGAGGUCGCAACGGCGCCCAGCGCUGCGGACCCGGUCGAGGUCCCGCUCCCGGAGCUCCCCGUGCCGCCCGCGCCCCGGGACGACAGCGACAGUGACAGCGAAGGGGCGGACGCACAGCCGGCUGGAGCCCCGCGGGCCCUGGUCAGGCGGCGGCGGCGACUGCUGCUGGAUCCCGGGGAGGCACCGGUGGUUCCAGUGUACUCCGGGAAGGUGAAGAGUAGCCUCCACCUCAUCCCAGAUCACCUCCUGAAACUCUGUCCCCCAGGGGCUGAGGAAGAGGCAGAUAUGGCAGAUUCUAGCAGUUCCCACACUGAGGAUCCCCCAUUUCCAGAUUCUCCUUGGAAGAAGAAGCUGAGGAGUAAGAAUGAAGAAGAAAAGAAAAAGAAGGAGCUGCUGGCUCAGGACACCUCUCCUUUGCCCCCACCUCUGCCAAGGACCAAAAGCAGAAAGCACACUCAGGCACUGCAGAAGUUAAGGGAGGUGAACAAGCGCCUCCAAGAUCUCCGUUCCUGCCUGAGUCCCAAGCAGCACCAGGGCGAGGACCACCUGAGCCAAGAGGAUGAGGUGGUGCUAGUAGAGGGGUCCACUCUCCCAGAGAGUCCCCGACUCUUCCAGCUCAAAAUCCGCUGCCGGGCUGACCUGGUCAGGUUGCCCGUCAGAAUGUCGGAGCCCCUACAGAGUGUGGUGGACCACAUGGCUGCCCAUCUCGGGGUGUCCCCAAGCAGGAUUCUCUUGCUCUUCGGAGAGACAGAGCUGUCCCCUACUGCCACCCCCAGGACCCUAAAGCUUGGAGUGGCUGACAUCAUUGACUGUGUGGUGUUAGCAAGUUCUCCAGAGGCCACAGAGACGUCCCAGCUGCUGCAGCUGCGGGUGCAGGGGAAGGAGAAACAUCAGAUGCUGGAAGUCUCGCUGUCUCGAGAUUCUCCUCUCAAGACUCUCAUGUCCCGCUACGAGGAGGCCAUGGGACUCUCGGACCGCAAGCUCUCCUUUUUCUUUGAUGGAACAAAGCUUUCAGGCAAGGAGCUGCCGGCUGAUCUGGGCAUGGAAUCCGGGGACCUCAUUGAGGUCUGGGGCUGAAACCCCACGCCCUGUUUGGAGGCCCAGCCUGGACUUGGGGAGAACAGCUGCCCCUUUUUGGCCCCAUAAGGGCUAGCUGAAGCUGAGGUAGAACUUACCCUUAAGCUGAAGCAAAAUCAAGGAGUGAUCUUUGACCCCCUCUCCCGUUGACUCUAGUUUUAAGCUGUUAGUUACCUGGUUAGUUGUGUAGUCGUUGUUGCUGCCCUGGCUGCACUGUGGCUCGUCCACACAGCGUGUGAGCUUUGCAGCCCCCUGGGACAUGGAGAACGUAUCCCUCACUCCCAUCCUUUCACCUCCACCAUCACCCUUUCCUUCGUUGAAACGUCUGUUUUAUGAAACUGCUCAUAUUUAAAGAGUGAGUUGAAAUAAAUAAGGGUUGGGUAUGGGAUUCCAGUCCUGGGAUUUAUGCCACGUUUUGGACCAGCAGUGGCCUUAAUGUCAUUUGAGGGUUGGAGGUGAAGUUUGCUUGAGGCACAUACACAGGUGUGGUUCCUUGGCUUGUAGGAAAAUAAAUGAUCAAACUCACACACGCAUUAGCUGCAGCAGAGGCAGACAGGGGGUUACUCUUUUGAAGGCUGUAGUGGGUUCUCAGCCUUGGAUGUCUUCCUCCCCCCAGGACCCUUUAUAACCACCUUCUGGAUGCACACACCUUAUUAAAGGCAUAAUUGAGCACGUUGAGCCUUUUAGUUUUGUAUCUCAGGAUUAUAGUCCACGCAAGCCUUCUCUGGUUUUAUGGCUUUUUCCCCUUUCUUCACGCCAUCCUCUCCCAUAAGCACCCAUUCUAAUGUGUUGAUUACAUGUCUUUGAAUAUGAAUGUAUCCCUGUACAAUGCAGUGUUGUAUGUGUGAAGAUACUUUUUACAUCUGUGGCAUUGUGCUAUAGAUCUUGUGCUGUUUCUUUUUUCACUCAACGUGUUGCUCAUUCUACACCUUCUACGCUUCGUUGCUUUGAGCUGCUCUGUGGUAUUUCACAGUGGGCGUCAACUGUAUUUUACUUACGUUCGCUAAGUGCUGGACACCUGGGUGCCUCCAACUCCUCAGCACGUAGACAAGGCCACGACGAACAUCCUUUCAUGUGUCCCCUUCCGUGCUUGUGUGGAACGUUCUCCAGCAUAGGUACCCAGGAUGGGAUUACAGGUCAGACAGGUUCAUUUCUCUAUGGUUCUACCACAUUUUUCUUUAGCAUGGUCACUGACCCUCCAACUUGAGGCUUCCCAUUUCUCCUCAUCCCCACCAGCACCUGUUAUUGCCCAACUUGCUAAUUUUUGCUAGUCUGAUGAGUGUAAAGUGGCACUGUGUUUUCAUGUACAUUCAUCUGAUCACCAGUAAUUUGGGGAAUUUUUUCAUAUACCUGUAGCCUUUCUGGUUUCCCUUUCUGUGAACUGCUCAUCAAGAGCUUCCUGUCUCUUUUUGUUUAUUUUCAAGAGUUGCUUAUAUAUCUCUGGGCAGUUGCAAAUAAAGAAUGGCACUUGUGUUUGUGUAUCUAGGGGUGUCUUUCACUAAACAGAAGUUCUUAAUUUUAAUGUAAAUGAAUUAACUAUUUUGUCAUAUCAUCUGUUGCUUUUUGAUUUCUAAUUUAAAAGUAGUUAAGAUGUUUUACAUUUUCUUCUGUUAGCUUACUAGUUUUUCCUCUCACAUAUAGCCCACUAAAUAGGGCUGAAGUCCAGCUAGUACCCGCUGGUAUGUGCAUUGGCUGGCAUCUGUUCCGUGUGGUUAAACAUUUGUUCUCAUUGGUUGAUGCCAGGCUGUACUAGCUGCUAAAUAUUAAAUAUUUUAAACUAUUUGAAAUUCACCUUUGUAUAUGAGAUCCAAGUUUUAUCUUCACCCUAUAAUGAGCCAGUUGUCUCAGUGCUGUCUACUAAUAAAGCCAUUUUCCACUGAUAAGUGGUAUAAUUGUGGCAAAAGUAUGUCACCUUCCUAAAAAGUUUUUUAUUGGAAUGUGGCAUUCCUUUGAACUUAUAUUGUGGGAAAAAUACAAAUAAACCUUUAUAACAUUUAAAUAAUCCA